AUGGUGGUUGUAAUUCUGACUGCCAGAUGGAUGCUUCUCCAACCAAACCACCAAGCCCGAGUCGGGAUCAAUCGGGAGGGUGGGACUCCCAGCGACUGCCGGGCCAACCAGCAAAGCCAAAGUGGGCAACAAAAACUCACCGGGCAGCCUGGCAACCCCGCGUCAUUGGGCGGUGUGGCUCCACCCCUCUUCGGCUUUGGCUGGCCUUUUUGGAACUUUGGAGACUGCAAAAGGACUCUUUUCUCUUUCUUCCGUCGUGGGUGGCCGGAUUAUCCCACAGCCACCCACGCCAUGACUCAGUCUACGGGUUCUGCGGCCAGCCCUUUGAUGAUUGAUACUCAGACUAUCAUAUGGCCAUCCUCUGCUGUCUUAGCCAAUCGUCGUCUGCCUAUUCUUAGAGUUCCACUGCCUACUGAGGUCGAUACCCAGCUUAUUUUGCUGUAUGACUUCUACCCAGCUUACACUGACACAGAACCCUUGCACAACAGUUCCGAACAUGACCCUGGACGUUUGCUGGGUCUUCGAGGUGGAUACGACUUACUUGUUAGUCCAUACCGUGAUGUGGUUAGUUAG